AGCCAAUACUGCUGGCACCUGUGUAUUCAUAUCCACUCCCUGUAAUUAAGAAUUCCACAGUAAAGCAAGACAGCACAUCUAGAAAACUGAAUGAAUCAUGGAAAAUUCAUUAGAAUCAGCUCAGUGGGUCUCUUCCAGUGUGGUUAAUUCUGACCCACUAACCAGCUUUUCAGUGGAGCAAGAGCUACUACCACCUGCUGAGGAGGAAGAAACCUUCUACUCCAGCUCAGACACAGACUAUGCCAGCUUGCCAUCCUAUCUCUCCAAUAACCACAGUCAUGCCUCUUCUGCAUUCAGAAACAGCCCAGUUCAGCAAGUGUAUACAUCACCAUCCCUGCUUGGUAAUCUCCAAUGGCUUGACAGCUCAGGGGGGCAUGCUUUGACCUCACCUUACAACACUGCUUCCACAGCAUGGACAACGAACCCUUUUACAAAAACACAACUUUACCCCCACAUCUCCCCACCCCUAUAUCCUACCAACAGUACAUCUUUUACUUCAUGCCAUCAUGGCAAGGAAAGCCACAGGUCCAAAGAGGACCUCAAGGUUGAGAGUCCGAUCAGUGGAGGGUCGUUUUUCAAUCUGAGUUCAUCUGCUAGCAGUUUGUACCCUCCAUUUUCACACUCACACAUGCUAGGACCCUACAGCUCCUAUAUGGAACAGGAAUGUGGUACAGCAGCUCUCUAUUCCACAGCUGGGGCCUGGAUGAGUCCUACCUCGUACUCGCCCAAACUAUGCAAUUCACUGAGACUCUCUCCAUCAGAGGCUCGUGAGUGUGUGAACUGUGGAGCUACUGCCACCCCUCUGUGGAGACGGGAUGGAACAGGCCAUUAUUUGUGUAACGCCUGCGGCCUGUACCACAAAAUGAAUGGUCAGAACAGGCCACUUAUUAGGCCAAAAAAAAGACUUAUUGUGAGUAAACGUGCUGGGACACAGUGUGCCAAUUGUCAGACCAGUACCACCACAUUGUGGAGACGCAAUGCUAAUGGUGAACCUGUAUGCAAUGCCUGUGGUCUUUACUUCAAACUGCAUAAUGUCAACAGGCCACUGACCAUGAAGAAGGAUGGAAUACAGACACGCAAUCGCAAAGUGUCAAACAGAAACAAAAAAGUAAAGAAGUGUGGUGCUGCAGUAGUUUACCCUGAACUUGGUCAUAUUGCAGGCCCGGAGGAGCAUGCAGGAACCCUGCUUGCCUACAGUGACACCCCCCACCUACUAUCUCCCUCCAACUUGCCAUAUCCUUAUAACCAAAACUCCGGAAUAGUGCAAACACUGGUGUGAGACGCUGCUAAAAGACAGUACCUAGACAUGGUCAGGUGUGUAAACCCAUUUAAAGUCUAACACAUUUCCGAAGGCUUAAAUGAGUAAUGAUAUUGCUGUAUACAAUGUGUUGUAUAUAUUGAUUAAUGUUGAUUUUAUUGAUGGGUUGUCAACAUAUAUGAUUUCUUCCUGUGGUAUAAAAUUAAAAAUAUUGUAAUGAUGCAUGUGCUUUAAAAUUUACUCAGGUUUUGACUAUUGUAUCUAUUGUAUGUAAAUUUAAAUUUUUGUCAUGAAAAAAAUGCAGUAAAACCUUUGUUCAACAAAGGGUAAUUUUCAUUAUGAGUAAAUGUUAUGUAAUUUUAGGAACUGUACUAGUGGUGGUUUACAAAUCACUGUGUGCACAUUGUAGUGCCUUUAUUAUACUUUUUUGAACAUUAUUUUAAAACAUUAACAUGCAAACAAACCUUUUUUUUUAAUAAAGCUGGGUGGGACAAAAACAUUUCUAAACCUAAGUCUAUAUAAAGUCCCAAUUUUAAACUGAUGCUGCUUUAACUUUGCUUAUAAUGCUACAACAAGGCACACAUGGCUGCAGGUGCAAUUAACAUUCAUAAAAUAUUUUUUUAAAUUAAAUGUGUUUAAAUGUGUGAAGAAAGUUGUUUUUGUUUUUGCUGAGAACCAAGUGGGUUUCUAUUUUCCUCUGACAGAAUUUAUUAGCUGGAAAGCAAGCUAUGGAUUGGGGAAAUGGCACCAAAUGACAAAAAAGAUUAGCAACCACAGGAUCAGCUCAGCACGGUUUAAGAAACAUCCGUUAACACCCUUGGUCUCAGUUUCUCCUCUUUUGCUUGACACCACUGACAUUUCAAUUAAACUAAAGAACAAACCAGUAUUCUAUUGUAUUAAACAAAACCAGCUAAAUUAAAUACAUUAAAAACUACACCAAAGAAUGCAUUUUUAUGUUUUAUCUUUUUGGAGUGCUUUAUGCACUUAAGCAUGCUACAAAUUUAAGGACAACAAAACUGUCUGUUUCUCACCAUCAACCUCUCACUGACCACUUUGGCCACUGGGUUUACCUAUUUUGUACGGUACAUUCACGGGUCAUUUUAUGAGCUACUUUUAGCUUAUUCAUUUCGUGGGCAUACAAUUUCUGAUUGCAGUCCACUUGCUUUGUUCACUUUGUUACCCCUUCUACAACAUUCAUCAAUAGAAAAAGACUCUAAUUGGAGCCCCAAAGACCAGAUAUUAAUCGGGCGGUGGGCCAUUCUGAGCACUGCAGCAUAUUUCAGAUGUUUUUAAUUACUUUUUACACCUACUGGUCACACAUCAAGCACACAUACCCACACAUACCCAUAGCACACAAUGAAGAUGUAUAG